AUUUAGCGCCAUUUGCUGUCCUGCUGCCGUCAUCAGGUCUGUCGCUGAAGACCCCCAGGCUGAGAACCCCGCCCAACUGCCCCCCCAGCCUCCACCUGCCACAAGUGCACUCCUCGCUCCCGCGCUCAACGGCCAUGCUCCAGGCGCGUCUUCCAAGCAGCCCGCCCAGCCGAUGAAAGGCAUUAUGGGAAUGUUUGCGGCCAAAGCAACCUCCAAAACGAAGAACACCAACAAGGAAGCUAAACCGGAGACCAAAGAGACGCCCAGUGCUUCGGUGACCAACAGCAAAGCCGCAGCAAAAGGAAACAUGCUGAACAACUUCUUUGGCAAGGCAGCUGUUAGCAAAGAAGACAAAGCCAGCGCUGAACCCGAGCAACAGAAGGAAGAGCGAUCCGCUGCCAAGCCCCCCGUUUCUUCCACAGACCCGAAGCCUCCUCUUAAUCCUGCUGGCCAUGAGAAGGCCAGCAAGGAGGCCGAGCCAGCCAGAGGGCAGCAGAGGGAUAAGAAAAG